UAGAAGGUUCAAUAGUAAUCUAUGGCACCCUUCAUCAAACUGCAAAAAAUGGCUGUGCAACAAUGGUUAAUGUAAUAAAAAUGGUUAAUGUACUAACUUUGUCCUUUAUAAUGUAAUAACUGCCAGUUACUGUAAAAAAAAAAAUCUUGAAUGCUUAAUGUAAUAACUUUCUGUUUAAUGUAAUAACCACAGGUUAAUGCAAUAACGAUAAUUUACGUGUAGCCGCCAUCUCGGCUUGCUCACGUGACCAAACGAGCAGUGCCUCCUCCUCCGCCAUGGGCCUCGGCCGGUAACCUACAUAUAAAAAAUUAAGUUUAUUUUAUAAAAUAUAAUCAUUUUUCUGAUAGAUACCAUCAAGACAUUGAUCACGAAAACCUUACUUCUAGAUAUUUCUUUCUUUCUUUCUUUUGAUAUAUCAACCUAAUCAUUGAAAGAAAAAAGUUAGCAGGUAAUGACAUUCACCAUGCAAAAAGGGAUUGCCAGCUUUGCAUUGUCAUUCCUCAUUGGCACAUGCCAAUUCCUUGCCUUCAGAAUUCUGCCCUUUGUGUUAUAUAUAUACUGUAGACUUGCUUGACUUGUUGUGCAUCAGGGAGGGGGAGGCACCUCACCUUGGCAGGGCGUCAAAAUAAAGGCGUUGUAUGGGAAACACUUUUGGUAAAAACAUUCUUCUCUCUAGACUGCACACAUUUGUUUUGGUUUUUUUGCUAUAAUACUGUAUAGAAUUAUGUAAUGUUGGUUUAUUUCACAGUGAUAUUAUAAUUAUUUGAUUAUUAUCAGCAAUCCAUUUGAUUUAAGAUGGAAUGUAUUAAAUCCAUGGAAAGAGUGGAGUGGAGCACAACAACAGACUUCCAAUCACCAGUUGGGCAUCCUUUUGGAUCAUGGGGAUGCAAAUAUUCGAGAAAGAAAUUGAUAUUAAUUUCUCUGUGUGCCCUAAGUUUUUUCUCUAUGUAUUUUUCCGAACUAUACAAAUGGACAUCAAUAUGGGAGCAAUCUGAGACCCCUCUCAAAGAAAUGACCGUAGAUGAAUUAAUAUUCUCAUUAUCAUGGGCUUCCUCACCCUCCAACUUCACCUCUUUCAACAGCUCUUCCAGUGCUCAGCAUAGUGUGGUCAGGCUAGAGCAGCCUAGGCCUCAGUACUGUGUUGGUGAUGCAUUGAAUGUGCUCGUGGAGAUUAGGGACUAUGCAGGGCACCCAAAAGCAUAUGGCGGGGACUUCAUCCUGGCCCGGAUCCACUCUCCAAAGCUCCAGGCAUGUGCAUCAGGAGAUGUCAUUGACCUCCUCAAUGGCUCCUAUCGUGUGCAUUUCCACUUGUUUUGGCCUGGAGAGGUGCAAGUCUCAGUGCUUCUGAUGCACUCGUCUGAGGCAGUUAAGGUACUCCAGAAAGACUGGAUGAAGAAUUACAAUAAGUCCAUGCACAUGGGAACCUUUAGAAAUGGGAAAAAAAAGGAGAAGUCUCAGUGUGCCCUCCGGCUGAGCUCAGACACACCCCUGUGUGAAUACAGGAAGAAGGAGGAUGGCGAAUAUUACGCCUGCUACAAGCCCCAUACCCUUCCCUGCGACUCUCUGUCCAUCAUGCAGUCCUACACCCACCCAGGUCCUAAUCUGACAAAGGAGGAAGUUCACCUAUUAGCCCAGGAAAACACUGGAAUUGAAAUAACAAUCAACUUCAACCCUCUGACAGUCGGUGGUUGUACUGGUGCAACACAUAGCCCAGCUGAAAAAUGUGUGGUAGGAACAAACUCCCCUUUUCCUGGGGGAUAUUUCUAUUCAAAUAGGUGGUCUUCUUCCUCCUGUCAGAUAGGCCCCUUCCUCAAUGCAGGUGCCAUUACCAGUUGUUUAAAGGAAAAGACUCUCUACCUAUUGGGUGACUCCACAGCACGACAGUGGAUACAGUAUUUGACUAAAAAGCUGAAAGGUCUGAGAAUUGUGCAAGGGAGUCGUUUUCAUUCAUAUUUGGCUGUUGAUGCCCGUAACAACAUCACUGUCCGAUGGAUUAAGCAUGCUCAUCCCUGGCUUAGCUAUUUCGCAUCCAACAUAAAGACAUCAGUCACCGUUCCUGAAGUACUGGACAGUAUAACACUUGGUCGUGGGCAGAAGGAUGUGAUCGUGGUCAUUGGAAUCGGCCAGCAUUUCCGGCCCUACCCCCCAGAAGUCUUUAUCCGAAGGCUACAAAGCAUCCGCCGGGCGAUUCUGCGGUUACACGCCCGCAUCCCCCAGGCCGUUGUUGUUAUAAAGCUGGAGAACACCAUUGAACUGAACUCAGAGAUGAUAAGACGCAGUAACUGGUAUGGCUACAUGCAGAACCUGGCUCAGAGGAAAGUGUUUGAGCGCCUGAAAGUGGCUCUGGUAGAUGCCUGGGACAUGACGGUGGCUGCCAACACUUUAGACGUCCACCCUAAUCAAGUUAUUAUUUCUAAUCAGGUGGCGCUGGCCCUGUCAUACUCCUGUCAUUAGGCAUGGAUGCUGUCUGCACCCCACAACCCACCCACCUACUGAUGCCUACCCACCCAACCAAACCCUGCAUGCACUUCUUCACAUUUUCUGUCUGUUCUGGCCCCUUGGUGAUGGAAUGAGCUUCCCACUGCAGUCAGACGAACAGAAAACUUGCCUUCCGACGCACACGGCAGACUCAUCUGUUCAUUUUGCACCAUGGCUCCCCUGGCCCCCAUUCAGAUUACCUUCAUUUUCUCUUUCUUUUAUUGGAUUUCUUUUUGGAUUUUGCUACAGUUAUAGAGGUGUAAUGACAGGUUACCUGUCUAGUGGUACUUUCUUCACUUACAAUACAAAUUGUUGUUUGUUAGGUUAACGUUACUUAUUGAAUAAUAACUGGCCUCUGUGCCUUCUUGGUGAUACUGCAUUUUUGUAGUCAUCAGAGUAACACGGAUAUUCUCCACUAUAGAUUGAUAAGAGCAUCUACCAAGUGUUUGUAAUGUCAUAUAAUGUAUAACGGAACAGUGAAACUUGUCAGAAUUGAAUGAAAAAUGGAUAGUGCAACGUAUUAUAGACAAAUACUUGCAGAAACUUGGUUUGAUAAUUCCCCUUUCAGCAGAAUAACAAUCCAAAGCCACAGAACUAAAAAAUGAUAGCGGUCACUGUUCUUUAGAGAUGCAAACAAAGUCCUGACCUCAACCCCACCAAAAUCUGUUGCAUAAUUUAAAUGUGCAGCCCAGAAGCAAUGUCCAUGACACUUGAAAGAGAUGGAGCUGAUCUGCCAAGAAAAAUGAAUGGAAAUCAUCUGAAUACCUUUGUAAGGCACUCUGCAUGUAAAUGUUCAUGUUCAACGUAUUGAUUAAAAUGUGUUUAAUGAAUACAGGUAUUUCAGUGCAUUUAAAAAUUUGUAAUUCAUUCUGUGCCAUGAUUUGCUCCACUGUGGUGUUGUUUUAUGAUGAUUUUCAGGUAAGACGGAGUGAGUUGUUUGUAAAUGGCUGGGAUCGCAGGGAUAUGGGGAGACCCCAGAGGUCCACUGCUCAGACUCGUAGUUUACACCUCCAGUCACUAUGGCCAUUCAGGGACACAUCACCUCAGCAGGGCACAUCACUCAGGCUAGACUGAAGCAUAUUUUCCCAUGGGUUCAAAAAUUUUCAGUGAGGAGGCUGGGCUGAUCUAGUUUGCUUUUACAUUUGGCAAAAAAUGAUGACGGAACUAUCUUUAUUCACAGCUCAGUAGAAAUCACCUUUGGAAGUUGCUGGACAAACAUGUGACCAACAUUCCAAAAAGAGCUCAGCAUUUAUCCUGCCAUUGUCUGACACCCUGACGGAAACAUUUUCUGGGCACCUGUACAGCCACUCAUGUCGCAGUUGCCUUGUCUUGAACAUCACCCUUGUGCGGCUGUAUGUUCCCUCUGCAUUAAUUGGAACUAGAGUGGCGGUCAUCUCCCCCUUUUCUCCAGCGGUGAUUUCAACUUCUCCAAUCACCCUGGGGGAACAGAAUUGGUCCACAGCUCAGACUUGUCGCAGCUCCAAAUAUACAAUGACACACCGAGUUCAGUCAGAAGAGAUUUGUAUUUCUGAAACCGCUGGCUGAUGACCAGCUAAUUCAGCCCUGCUGCUCUUGCAGCUGCAAGUGAUCGAAAAAAGAACCACACACUAAAUUGUGUUAUUCCCUUUCACUAGGUGUGUUAAUUUCUAACAUUGAAACUGUUGUUUUAUGACAUCUGAAAGUGUAUUUUUGAAGUGUUUACCACCAUAUUAAUGUAUGCACUGCACUCCCACCAUGAAUGUUUUCACCAAAUCUGAAAAUGAUUCUUGACUCACCUGUAAGGCUACAGAAAAACAGUAUGAAUAUUAUCAUGCUGUAAAUCUAUUUACUAUCUGUGUUUACAAACAUUUAAAUGUGUUGACCCACAAGAUUUA